UGUUUGAUGUGUGUGAGGCCACCACUACUGAACCAGCUGCUGCUUCACACAGAGAUUAAGAUAUAUGUGGAUAUAUAUUAUAUUAUUUUAUUGGCGUAAAAGCAUCAGAAGCUGAGUUCUCUCGCUCCAGCAGCAAAUAUGUUUGCUUAACUUGUCCGGCUUCCAGUUUGUCGUCUUGUUAGUUUUAUGUUUUUCUAUAACAGUAGGAUCACCCUACACAUGUUUUAUUCUCUGUAGAGGUUUUUUUUAACAGUACAGUUUUGAGUCUACUGUGUCAGGUUUUUGCUAAGCUAAGAGGUCAGAAGGUGUAGCCAUGAAGGAGGAGAUUGCUGCUGCAGUUUUCUUUGUUGCUCGGCUGGUGAAGAGGUAUGGUGGUGUGGAUAAUGAAGGCAGGGAGGGCUUUGCUGCGGCCCUCACCUCAGCUCUGUUUGAAAACUACAAGAACCACUGGCACCCCAACGCACCUACGAAGGGACAGGCCUACAGGUGUCUCCGUAUGAAUGUGCGGAUGCAUGACCCCGUGCUGCAACUGGCCUGUGAACGCAGCGCUGUCCGGCACCAGGACCUGGGCCUCCCUCAGGAGAUGACUGUGUGGGUCGACCCUGGAGAGGUGUCCUGCAGGUCAGGCAUGCUAAAAUCACUUGGUAGAUGAUUGGAAAGGCUUAAUAUAUAAGUUUUAAAUGAUUUAGUGUGCACCAAAAACUGUAGCUCUUCAGUGACUAAGUGGAGUCCAUUGGAAAAGCUUGAUACAGAAUCAGUUUAAAAUUAUUAGUUUGCACCAAAAACUGCAGCUUUUCACUGCCAAUUCUCAUUAGCUGGGUAAUUAUUACUUACUGUUUUACACUGCUGCUAGUCUUAUAACUACAGGGCUCUCGAGUUUUGAACAGAGUUCAGCGUGAGAUUUUGGCAGCGGUGUUUGGUACUCC